UGCAGGGCGAUUUGCGUGCUUCCAUUCGCAGGAACCUGUGGAAGUCUAAACCUGGCGGUGGUCUUCAGCGCCGCGUUUACUGCUUUCGUCUUGUGCGCGAUGUGAGCGAAACUCUUCGUUCGACCAACAUCGGCACGACCUGUCGCCAAAGUCAACGUGGUUCGAUGUCGGCAGCGAAGCAUGUGACGCGGAGAAAAGACCGGAUCCUUCUUUCACCCUCAACGUCCACGCCGACUUCGCCUCAGCAAUGACGCUGCGCAGAUCUUCCUCGACUCGCCCUUCACCCAUCAUUAUUCAUCAACAUUCGCGCCGACAGCCAUCCACCACAGUCUCCGCAUACCGCUCGAUGUUCGCUCGCGUCGCACAGCUCCCUGGACUACGCCGACAAGGGUAGCUCGCUCGGUUCGCAGGCUGCCAGCACAUGCGCGACACUUCCCGACAUCUCGAUCGGAACCCGGUCCACGCGCACUUCCGUCACACCACACCUCUGCACACCUUCGCCGUCGAAAGUCCCCGCCAUGGGCAGCGUUGAAGUCGACAAGCUGAUCGAGCAGCUUGCGGCUGGUUUCGAUGCUCUACAAGAUGAAUACCAGAAGUUGUUUGGGAGACAUUCUGCCUUGGAGAGGAAACUGGCCACGGCAAGAGAACAGUACAACGAACUCGCAAAGCUAUACCGUACCGACGCCACGACCACGCCGCCACUGAGCCUCAUCUCUUCACCCGCUACAGCAAAAGACGAAAACUUCCCGCCGAAGACUACGCCAGAAAUACUUGACCGAAGCAGCGACGAGCGAUCAAAAAGGGCGGCGAAUAAGAUUAGAACAGCCAUAAUAGCAGCCAACGGACUCAGACACGCCGUGCCAGAAGUGAUAGACGAGGGGGCUGUCAAGAUCUGGUCUGGUCCUGCUGCAGAUAAUCCCGAGGGCUCGAGCUCUCUCAUGCCGAGUAUCGCGGAAUCGCCGCUGGAGCAGGACUUCACUGUGCCGGGCAAGCCAAGUCAGCUGGGCUGUCCAUUCGCCAGCAUGGCCAAAAAGAAGCUGAGCUCACAUGCUGCGAGCGUACUGAGCAGAUACGAAAGGAAUGGUAGUGGAGGAAGCACAGGGACAGGCAGUACACCUAUCAGUAAUGCAAGUCAUGUCAACGGGAGAGAAAGUUUCUCGAAACGGCGAAGCAGAAGGGCGAGCAUGCUGGAUCCGAUCAAGGCCGAGAUAUGCGGAAUGUCCGAUCAUAGCGAAUCUCCAGCGCAUGCGAAAGCUCCCAGCCUCGUGGCGCCUAGCAAAGGACCGGCCGAGAAACAGAUUGAAAAUGCUGAAGUUGGCGUUUGUCCCAUACGCUUUCUCGAUCAGCAUUCUCCGGAAGAGGUUGCCACCUAUUUCGAAAAUCACAAACACGAAUUGCCACGAAGCCACGAAGUCUGCGUGAUGCGAUAUCAGAGCAACGAAGAACAGAUCAGGCAACUGGACGCCAAAUACGGUAAUCUCGUAUCGAUGAUCCAGGGCCUUGGGCAGAAACAUAAAGAAUUGCUCCCAGAAGACAUUGCCGUUGAGGACGAGCAAGAGGAUGAUGGGAGUGAAAGGGCGCUCAGCGAUGAAAAGAUCCGCAAUUGGGCGAAGAGCGUCAGCGCGGAAGUACAAAUUGGGGAUGAGCUGGAUGAUGGAGAGGAGGAGCGCGUACCGCACUUCGAAAGGCCUGUUCGCGAAAUCCGAGUGGGGGAAUCUCCCAGUCGUCCCUGGGGCAUUCAUGUUCCGGCCAAAUACACAGACGCGCAGAGUGCGGACGAGGUAUCCAGCAAGGCUGCGCAACUUGCCUCUGUGCCUCCAGCAACGUAUCCAGAGAAACCAGACGCGAGCUCAGUGCCCAAGGGAAGCGGAGGCAAAUGUCCGUUUGAUCACACCGCUAUGGUCGGGGGCGGACAAGGUGGCGGAGGUCCCGAGGACUUCGGGGCCGCCCUUCGAGCCGCAAUGGGAAACAUGAAUAACACUACGAAUGCUAUUGCCGAACCCGAUACCACAUUCGUGGCCCCGAAGACGGCACAGCAACAGCAGUCUCCCAACCCGCCCUUGCUCCGGGUGACCAAGGAUGCGACUUCUGCACCUGUGGCGGCCGAGAAAUCAGAGAAGCCUGCGAUUGUGAUCAAUGGCCCGGUAUUCUUUGGAUACUCACCCGAAGACACAAUUCGCAUUUUGAAGGAGAGCGGGUUGAAGAUGGCUGGGCAGUGAGUGAGGACUGCAAGAGGGCGUGAUGACUUGUGCAACUUUCUGCUUUGCGUUCUGAGCGAUUUGUUUCUCAUGCAGCGGACGAAUCAUGAAUCAUGUGAACUUAGCAUUACCUGUAAUGGAUAGAUGGCUG